AUGUUCUCCUCGAAAAAAAGAGACGAGAUCACCUACCAGGACACCAACUACAGGCGCUCUAUUCCAGCUGAAGAGCGCCUGUCCAUCUGUCUGCGGUUUCUUGCCACUGGGGACUCCUACAGGACCAUUGCGGGGAGCUUCAGAGCGGGCAUAUCCACCGUCUCCAUGCUCAUCCCAGAUGUGGUGGCAGCCAUCUGGGACUUCCUCGUGGAGGAGUUCAUGGCUGUGCCUGGAGCAGAGGAGUGGAGGUCCAUAGCGCAGGACUUUGAGACUCCACUGCGACUCCACUCCAACUUCAGGAGAGGAAAGAGAGAGAGCAGGAACUGA